AUGGAUAUCCCCGUACGAAUACCUUCCACAGAUCAAACCAUGGAUCUAUACGCAACCGGCUUCAAUGCGUGGAACCAGCUCACAUUCGACACUUCCCCAGUGGACGAAGAGCCUGACGACGUAUUCGCUUUCACAAAAGUAUUGGCAGCCGAGGCUGUUGGACGAAUUGCUUCCCAGCUGAGCUAUACUUUCAACAAGAUACAACCUGGACCAUCGCUGGAUCAUCCCCUGGCCAGCUUCUUCACCGUGAAGACAACCAAGGAUUUCUGUUCGACUCUCCAAGUGCUAUCUCAGGGGAUGGCUGCUGUCCGCCAGAUAACAGCCUACGACGCUGGCUUCAUUAUUCUUCUCGAGGAUCAGACCGUCCUAAGCUGUGGUGACCCACGAUUCCGAGACUGCCUCGGCCGUGAAGUUGACGAGUCCCGCCCUGCCAGCGAACCUGGAGUCAUACAAGAUCUGAGUGAUCUCGGCGAGCCUAUCAAGAAGAUUGCAGCAGCCGGAUACACAGCUGCAGCUUUGACAGAGAGUGGCGGAUUGUAUCUCUGGGGCAUGGCACCCCCUGGCUCACAAAGCCGACACAACGUAUUUCAAGAUAUCAGCGAACUACCGAAUUACUUCGAAGUUGACGGAGACAAAGACGUGCAGGAUAUUGGACUUGGAGAAUCACAUGCCAUUGCUCUUACGACUGAUGGCUGCAUCUACAUAAUAGGGGAUAACACUAAUGGCCAAGUUGGUCAUGGGAAGGAUGUUCAAGAUCCAAUUUCAUCAUGGUCAAAGAUAGAUUUUACGCCCCCUGAGGGUUGGGCAAUUAUUGCAGUUGAGGCUGGCCCCAGAUCAUCAUUCAUAGUCACAAAAAAGGUAAAACAAUCUCAAAGCUCAUAA